UAAGAAGAAGAAGAGAAGAAGAAGAAGUGAAGAACAGAAAAAAUAGAAAAAAGAAGGAAAACAUACUUGGCGACGAUGCAACUCAGCGAUGGCGCGACUCAGCGAUGGCGGCGGCGGACAGAAAUGGGUUCAGUAGGAAUGACUCCUAAGCGCCGAACUAAGAGAAAAUCACCAAGUAUAAGUAAAAAUCACACUGAUCAUGAACAAGCUAGUCAAAACAUAGAAAGUACCUUGAAUAACCAAAGAGAUAUAGUUUCAAAUCAACUUCAUGUUGAUGUGCAAGGAAUGACUCCUAAGCGUCGAACUAAGAGGAAAUCUCGUUUUAAACUCCAAGAUGAGUUAGAUAUGCAACCGCCAAGUAUAAGUAAAAAUCACACAGAUCAUGAACAAGAUGGUCAAACAUAGAAGGUACCUUGAAUAACCAAAGAGAUGUAGUUUCAAAUCAACUACAUAUUGAUGUGCAAGGUAAUGCCCCACUUGUUGAAAACAUAUCUUCAGUUCCAGACCAGAAUGAUGAUAUGAACCAGGAAUAUAAUGAAGCUAGUGAAAAUGAACAUAAUGUUAAGAGGAAAAAAAAGAGGUCCUACAUUUCUCAAAGAAAUUUGGGACCGACCAAGUACACUGCCACGCAUUAAAAUUCUAUGUGAUGAUAUGGGACGUCCUAUAGGAACCAAAAAAAAAAAAAAUUUACUGAUUUCUUGGGUUCUUUAGCAAGGAAUGGUAAGUAUUGUCCAAUUGAUAUAGAAGAUUGGCACAAAAUGCCAAUGGACAAAAAGAAAGACAUGUUAAAUGUUAUAAAGGUAACUGAAUUACUUUGUAUAAUUUUAGGAUUUAAAAAUUGUAAUUUAUGCAAUAAUAAUUUGUCUAUAUAUUUUUUUUAUAGAAUAAGUAUGCCCUUCCUUUAGGGACGAAAAAUUGGACAUUAUGCUCAAUAGCAAAAAAAUAGAGAAAUUGGAAGUCUGAACUAAAAAGAAAGUACUAUGAUCUUGAGUUGUCAAUUCAAAUUCUUUUACAACAAAGAGAUGAAAGAGCUCAAGUAGAACAAUAUAUGAGACUAGUUGCUUUUUGGAACACAGAAAAAUCAAAGGUAUGUAUUUUAUUUAUUUAAAAUAUAAUGUUAGUAGACUUUUAUUUUAUGUAUUAUGUGUAAUUUAAUAUAUUAGGAAAGAAGUGAAAAGAAUAAAAAUGCAAGAAAGCAAAGGAUAAUGAAUCAAACCACGAGAAGGACAUCUUUUUCUCAAGUGCAACAAACAUUGG